AUGUCGGAGCGCAGCGCCCCGGCCGGACGCCUCAGACUGGACUGGGUCUACGGUUACCGUGGCCACCAGUGCAGGAACAACCUGUUCUACACCGCGGCUAAGGAGCUGGUGUACUUCGUGGCCGGAGUGGGCGUGGUCUACAACACCCGCGAGCACAGCCAGAGGUUCUUCCUGGGCCACAACGAUGACAUCAUCAGGGGGGGGGUGGGGAGGAGGGGGGUGCUGGGUGAGGGGAGUAUGGAGGGGGUGACGGUGGGGUGGGGGCUGGGGAGUGGAGGGCGCAGGGGGGGUAGAAGGGGGGCGGGGGGGAUGGCGGGCGGGGGCACGCGGGGGGGAGGGGGAGGAGCCGUGCGGAGGGGGCUGAGGGGUGGUAGGGGGAGGGGGGGGAGGGCAAGGGGGGGGCCGUGGGUGGCGGGGCGGGGGGGACCGGCGACGGGUGUGGGGGGAGGGGAGGGGGGGGGGUGGGGGGAGGCGGGAAGUGCGGCCGGAAAGGGAGAGGGGGGGGGGGGUGGGGGUGCGGGGCGAAGGAGGUGCAGGAGGAGGGGGAGUGGGGGGGGGUGGAUAGGGGGGGGAGGCUGGGGGGGGGGUGGGGGUGGGGGGGGAGGGUGGGGGGGAGGCGGUAGGGACGUGUGA